AUGAGGAAAAAUGCUAAUUAUCAUUCAGGAAGGGUAUUCAGUGACAGAAGGUGGAAAAUUCCAUUCUUUGUGAGUUUGCUUGUGUCAAUUACUCUAUUUACUGCUACCAUUUUUGGGUUAUACUCUGCGUCUUAUGGAAGAGAUCAAUUGCAAGUAGACAUUGUUACGUUUGAAAAUUCUGAGGACUCGGAUGGGUACUUUGUGGAAUCGGAUUUAAUGAAGUCUUUUAAAUCAAGUAAGGCCUCAGAAAUAGAACCACCGAGAUUUGCUUAUCUCAUUUCGGGUACAAAGGGCGAUAGUCAGAGGAUGAUGAGAACAUUGCAAGCGGUGUAUCAUCCGAGAAAUCAGUAUAUUCUGCACAUGGAUCUCGAGGCCCCCCCACGGGAGAGGUUAAAUUUGGCCAUGUCAGUGAAGAAUGAUCCAACAUUUGGUGAGGUGGAAAAUGUGCGUGUUAUGUCACAAUCCAAUUUGGUGACAUACAAAGGUCCUACUAUGAUUGCUUGUACCCUUCAAGCCAUAGCGAUUUUGUUGAAGGAGAACUCGAAUUGGGACUGGUUUAUAAACCUAAGUGCUUCCGAUUAUCCUCUUAUGACUCAAGAUGAUAUGUUAUACGUCUUCUCCAAUUUGUCUCGAAAUCUCAAUUUCAUUGAGCACACACAGAUUUAUGGGUGGAAACUGAACCAGAGAGCAAAGCCUAUCAUAGUUGAUCCAGGCCUCUACUUGUCUAAAAAAUCUGAAAUUGCAUGGACUUCUCAACGUCGCUCAAUUCCAACAUCUUUUAAGUUGUUUACUGGCUCGGCAUGGGUGAUUCUAACUCGCUCUUUUGUCGAAUACUGCAUAUGGGGGUGGGAUAACCUUCCCCGAACAAUCCUCUUGUAUUAUACAAAUUUCAUCUCGUCCCCAGAAGGAUAUUUUCACACGGUUAUUUGCAAUACUGAAGAGUUCCGUAACACUGCAAUAGGUCAUGAUCUCCACUACAUUGCUUGGGACAGUCCUCCUAAGCAGCAUCCACGUUCAUUAACAAUCAAGGAUUUCAAUAAAAUGGUAAACAGCAGUGCCUCCUUUGCUCGGAAAUUUCACAAGGAUGAUCCACUUUUAGACAAGAUCGAUAAAGAGUUGCUUGGUCGAACAAAUCGUUUUGCACCUGGGGCAUGGUGUGUUGGGAGCUCGGAAGAUGGGACUGAUCCUUGCUUCUUGCGAGGUAAGGAUUCCGUGUUUAAGCCUGGUCCUGGUGCUGAGAGGUUACAAAAGCUAAUUGCGAAUCUGCUAUCUGAAGAUUUUCGUAGUAAGCAGUGCCAUACACAGUGA